AUGGCUGUCAUUGAGACCGUGGCCUUUCUCGCUCAGAAGGCACGCGAGAACACAUUGGAAGCCUCCGUUGUUCUUCUCGUCGCUGUUCCAAUCGUCUACGUGGUAAUCAACGAGUUUGUCCGUAGCAAUGCGCGCAUUAAAGGCAUGAAGGGACCUCGCGGUCUCCCUCUGAUCGGUAAUCUUUGGGACAUUCGGACCAAUGCCGCGGAUCAGUAUCGCCACUGGGCGAAAAAGCAUGGCGACGUGUACCAGGUGCAACUUGGAAAUGUACCAGUGGUCAUCGUCAACUCAGCUUCAGCAGCCAAAUCCCUUUUCGGUCAACAUUCCCAGGCUCUGAGUUCUCGGCCGGAGACUUACACGUUCCACAAGGUUGUUUCGAGCACCGCCGGUACCACCAUCGGAACGUCUCCCUACAGCGAAUCUCUAAAGCGUCGUAGAAAGGGUGCUGCCUCUGCCCUCAAUCGCCCCUCUGUGCAGACGUACGUUCCGCUUUUAGACGUCGAGACUCGGGACUUUAUCGAGGAGCUCUAUAUAGACGGCAAGGCCGGAACAGCAGCUGUGGACCCCAUGCCGAUGAUUCAGCGUCUUUCUCUAUCGCUGGCGCUGUCGCUAAACUGGGGCGUGCGCAUGAGCAAUCGAGGCGAGCUUUUCGAGGAGAUUACGCACGUCGAGGAGGAGGUCAGCCGCUUCAGAUCGACAACGGGCAACUACCAAGACUAUGUUCCUCUCCUGCGACUCAAUCCUUUCAACUUCCACUCGGCCAAGGCCCGCGAGAUGCGCCACCGUCGAGACGUGUAUCUUACGGCUCUCAAUCAAGGUCUCGAGCAGCGAAUGAAGGAUGGCACUUACAAGCCUUGCAUUCAAGCCAACGUCAUGCUUGACGAGGAGGCCAGACUGAACGCCGAGGAGCUCACUUCUAUCAGCUUGACCAUGCUGUCUGGUGGCCUUGACACCCUCACGACGCUGGUCGCAUGGUUCAUCGGCCUCCUCGUUCACAAGCCUGAGAUUCAAGAGAAGGCCGUCCAGGAGAUCCGCGCCUUCUUCGGGGACAAUGAGCCUCUCUGUGAUUCUGAGGAUGACCAAAAGUGCCCAUACAUGGUCGCUCUUGUGCGGGAGUCCCUUCGUUACUACACAGUUCUCCGCCUUGCUCUGCCGCGGGCCACUGUCCGCGACGUGGUCCACAAUGGCAUCACCAUCCCCAAGGGAUCCACGCUGUUCCUCAACGCUUGGGCAUGCAACAUGGACGGCAAUGUCUGGUCUGACCCAGAAGCUUUCCGCCCCGAGCGAUGGCUCGAGCAGCCUGACGCGCCUCUCUUCACGUACGGCAUGGGUUACCGCAUGUGCGCGGGGUCGCUCCUUGCUAACCGCGAGCUUUACCUGAUCUACAUGCGUAUGAUCAACAGCUUCAAGAUUGUCAAGCACGACGACUUCGAGUCUGACCCAGUCAAGGGCAAUGCGGACCCCACGAGUCUGGUCGCUCUGCCGAAGCGCUACCGCGCAAAGUUUGUUCCCCGCAAUGAGACUGCGCUGCGCAAGGCACUGGACAGCACGAGACAGGUGGAAAGCGAGAAGCUGUAA